AUGAUCGGACGGGGUGGCGGUGGCCGCGGCCGCGGCGCGCGGAGAGAGGACACGGGUGUGGAGUGGCCGAACCUCGUGGACGUGGUACUGUCCUGGAGGCUCGAGGAUGUCAUGAACGAGGGCCUCUUCAAGGACAAGGUGAAAAGGAUACCGUUCACUUUCAGUUCCCUCAAGAGCUACCUGGAGUCAUAUGCCUCUCCAUUGCUGGAGGAGUUGAGAGCUGAGAUGUCGUCCGGACUGGAAUCCAUAUCAACCAUGCCCUUUGUCAGGAUAUCAUCUAUUGAAGAAAAGAAAGGCAGCAAAAUUUAUGAAAUUUCUGUUGCGUCUGAUUCUCAGGCUGCUAAGUCAUGUAAUCAGCCUGAAUGUUAUGCUCCAAGUGUCGGUGAUAUCAUUAUUUUGUCUGAUGUGAAGCUGGGUCAUAUUUCUGAUAUUGCUCGCGAUGGGAAGCCGUGCCAUAUUGCCUUCGUAACAGAAGGAGGGGAUGAAGAUGAUGACACACCGCCAUCUAAGUAUGUGAUCAUAGCAUCGGGCAAAAUUGAUACUGCUGAUGGCAAGCGUCAAGAUGUGAAAAGGAACUCACUCUUUGCUGCUUAUUUGCUCAACAUUGUGACAUACAUCCGAAUAUGGCGUUGCCUUGACUAUGAAACAGCAGUCAAAAGAAAUAGAGGCCUCAUACAGAAGAUGGUGCAAUAUCCUCUGGUCCAAGAUAUUCUUCAGACAUUCAGAAAGGAUGUUGGUUCAAUUGACAGCAUGGAAAUAUGGACCAAGCUGUCUACGAUGGACCUUAACAAUUCUCAGAAUGAUGCCGUCUUGAAUUGUAUUUCAGAAAUGAAUUGCAACAGCAACAGCAGCAGUUUUAGCCUUAUCUGGGGUCCUCCUGGCACAGGAAAGACAAAAACAAUUAGUGUGUUACUGUGGUUAAUGAGAGAAAUGAAACAUGGUACACUCACAUGUGCACCAACAAACCUUGCUGUUAAACAAGUUGCUUCACGUUUCUUGAGGUUGAUCAAACAGCAUUCUUUUGAUAAAAGGUGCUUGGGAGAUGUUCUAUUGCUUGGCAAUAAGGAGCGCAUGUGUGUUGAUGGUGAUCUCAAAGAGAUAUAUGUACAUGGCCGUGUAAGGAAGCUUCUUGGCUGCUUUGCACCACUGACUGGAUGGAGACACCGCCUAUCUUCUCUAUCUGAUCUUUUUGAGAAUGGUUACACCCAGUACCUCCAAUAUCUACAAGACCAAGAGGAAGGUGAUAAACCUUCUUUCUUCUCUUAUAGCAGAAAAAGGUUUUCUAUUAUUUAUACGAAUUCUAGAAGAUGUUUCAAAGAAUUAUUAUCUCAUGUCCCGAGAUCUAGUAUUUUGGAACCGAAUCACAACAAUAUCCUUUCAAUUCUUGAAAUGCUUGAAGACUUCAACAACAUGUUUCAGCGGGGGUAUAUUGGGUAUGAAGUUAAGGAAGUUUUCUUGUACAAUAAUGGUGCAUCCGAUUCUAGAAACUCUAGUGUGAUGAAACAUUGGAAAACUAUAAUCACUCUUGGCAGAGCAAGGUUGAAAUGCCUUGAGAAACUGAACACUCUGUUAAGUUGCUUGAAGCUUCCUGUAACUUCCUCAAAGCGUAUCAUUCGCGAUUUCUGCAUUGAAAGUGCUUCCAUAAUUUUCUGUACUGUAUCUCACUCAUCAAAAGUCUCAAGUCAGAAACUAGAGUUGCUUGUCAUUGAUGAGGCUGCCCAGUUGAAAGAAUGUGAAACACUGGUCCCUCUGCGGUUGCGGACCUUAAAGCAUGCUGUUCUAAUUGGUGAUGAGUGCCAAUUGCCAGCGACUGUCAAAAGCAAGGUUUGUGUGGAUGCAUUAUUUGGAAGAAGCCUUUUCGAAAGGUUGAGUUCACUUGGGCACAAAAAGCAUCUACUUAAUAUGCAAUACAGAAUGCAUCCUUCCAUUAGUAGUUUUCCCAACAUCAGCUUUUAUGAUGGGAAAAUCUCAGAUGCUCCUAAUGUUAUGCAAAGAGAACACCAAAAGAAGUAUCUUCCAGGUUUUAUGUUUGGUCCAUACUCAUUUGUAAAUAUUGAAGAAGGAAGGGAGGAAUUCAGUGAACUUGGCCAUAGCAGGAAAAACUUGGUUGAAGUAGUCAUCGUUGAAGAAAUAUUGCGCAAUCUCCAAAAAGCUUGCUCAAAAACUAGAGCGAAAGUUACAGUUGGUGUCAUCUGUCCUUACACUGCUCAAGUUCUGGCAAUUCAAGAAAAAAUAGAGAAAAUGAAGUCUGAUCAAAUAGAAGUAAAAGUUAAUUCUGUUGACGGCUUUCAAGGUGGUGAGGAAGACAUAAUUAUUUUAUCAACUGUGAGGUCUAACUCAGAUGGGAUGGUAGGUUUUCUUUCAAACAGACAACGCACAAACGUGGCAUUGACCCGAGCAAGGUAUUGCCUAUGGAUCCUGGGAAAUGCAACAACUUUAUCAAACAGUGGCUCAAUCUGGGCUGAUUUAGUUCGCAAUGCAAAGGAUCGGAGGUGUUUCUUUAAUGCUAGUAGUGACAAGACUAUCUCUCAUGUGAUUGCUAAGCAAAAGAGUGAUCUUUGUAGAGCUGAAGCCAAAAAGAGCACACCUCUUGCACGUUCCAGAAACAACAGGGUUUGGGUGCGAUCCCAAAGUGAACUGAAUGAACAAGGCUCUUCUUCGGCAAAUGUUUCACCUGAUGCUGGGGAUAUCGAUUACAGCACUGCCUGCAUAAGGAAUCUCAAACUGAACUGA